UUAUGAAUUAGAUCAUUAUUCAUGCGUAGCUGGAAGAUUAGUUAUUAGAUUAGUGUGUCAAUCUGUUCGUACACCUUCCGUCGACUAAUCGGGGUUAUCCUACUGCCCCUGCUCCACUCCGUGUUUCAUCCCUCCCCCCACGAUCCUUCUUCCCCAUAUACCUGUCUAUUGGCCUCUCAUGCUCUGCAGUGCUGCCACCAAUUGUUUUCUUCAAAAAUCAGAAAUAUAACGUACGGGCGUGAAGAGAGUGGGUUAUAGUGGCAUGUUGGAACUGACGAUAGCAUGUUCACGCAAAGAGAUUCGAUCACUGUGAUAUCCGGACUUUACGUCCGAUACUAAGUCUUUCUCGGUAACCUCAUUAUUAAUUUAUCAACUGCGUCAUCCGCGAUUAUACCGUUUAUGAUGAUUCAUUUGUUCAUCAUUGUCCAAGGGUAUUUUUUAGCACAUGACAACAGAUGAAGUCGCGGCCGUGACUUAGCGUUAACGGAAUUUCCAUUUCGAUCGAUUCGUGUCAUUCUUACGCGUCAGCCUCCCUUCGUUUUUCACGCCGAUCAGCCUCUACUUCUAUUACACUCAAUGCGCUGAAAGCCGUCGUCACCACCCUUUCCCAAUUUCCGUACAUUGUUGCAUCGUACUUUAUACAGCGGUGGCGGUGCUGCCAUCGCGCGGUAGAAUCACCAAGGGGGCGUAUCACGCAGAGAUGCGAAGGGAUGCGGAGGGUGCAUCGUGUCGCGCUAAGUGAGUCGGCGUGAUCGCGGGACGGAAGUAGGAUCGCGUCUCAGCAUCAGUGUCGUUGCACCGUGCACGUUGCAGCACGCAUCUCUCUUCCUGUCGUAAGGUCACCUCUGAUCUUCCUGGUGCCAUCCCCUCUCACUCCUCGUGCUCCUCGAACGCGCGCCUCACCCUCUCCCGAAAAUCGGAUGAGUGGCGUGUGCGAGCCAGGGUGAAAGGGACAGACAAAUCAGUCAGUAGUGACGCGUGCAUGAGGCUGGGCAAUCCGGCGUGCCGGGUUCCGUCCCGGUUACGCGACGACAGGUCCUUAAGCCCUUCGUCGUGGUCAUUUUCGCCGCGUUCACAGAGCGUACUACGGAUCGGUGAUCAUAAAGUUGAGAGAAGCAGGAGCCGUGAGUCGGCGCCGACCGAGAGCGAGCGGAAGGUGCGCGGAAUCGUCGGCAGGGGCAGUCACGGAGGUCGAGGAGAGGUGGAGUCAUCGCGGGCGGCGAUCAUCGCGGGUUUGAAUGGGUGGGCCGGGCGCCGGUAGGGUUACCAGGCACGAGCUGAACGCGGUGCCCCAGAGCCACGUCGGUCACGGGGAACGUGCCCUUGGUGAACCGCCAGCACCAGGCUGCCGUUGUCAUCCCCCGGAGCGAUCAUCUGGCAGCACCACCCGCCACUCCGCCCAGCAGCUGCCACCCUCGCCGCCGCCGCUCACCUCUCUGCAUAUCGGUAACAACAACGGCACUGCCUGUGCCGUCAUCAGCAGCAACAACAACACCACUGUCACCACGAAUCCGAGCGACGGUAAAGCCAAGAAGGCGGCCGCCAUGUCUUCGCCGCCGAAACAUCGCAGGGGCUUCGACCCCAACGACCCGGCGGAAUAUCACCGCUAUCGUCGCGUUAAGACGAAGCAGCGAGGCUUUGUAUGUCCCACAUCGUGUGACCUUCGGCGACGGACACAGACCUCCCUGAGAUCCCCCGACACAUCCACCAGCACAAGGCAUUAUAAAACACACAUAAGCUUGCGAUGUUCGAUGUUGGACCGCUUACUGGUUGUAUCCCCGCCGCUACAAUGCGACGAAAGUACGAUCAUAUCAAUAAUAAAAAAGAUAUAUUGUUCCCCGAAAAUAAAUCCAGCGUCCUUUCUGAAGCACCUUAUAAUAUUAGCAUGAUAUUAUCAUAUUAAGGAGCGAUAUAGUGAAUCCAAUAUGUAAACAUAGUACAAAUAUAUAAGU